UUUUGGAAAUUGGAAGAGUGAGAGAAAAAAAAGAGCGAUAAACCCUAAAAGCACUACUGUCGAGUGAUCAAUGGCAGAAUAGGAGGAGCGACUUCUCCGACAGAAACCCUCCGCCGGCCGUCACAGGGCUCUUUCGUAACCCUAAUUUGCCCCCAAAUUCGUGUUCUUCAAUCUUGAUUCCUAGGUCUUAUUUUGUUUGGUGUUGAAGGUGACGGUUGAUUUCUGCUGACAUUGGUUGAGACUGUUGAAAUUUUUGUUGGGAUAAGCUGCGUUUUGGAUUCAGAUACUAUGGCUGACGAUGCGCUUGCAGUAGAAACAGUGGGAGGUGCGAAGAGGAGGAAGAAGAUAGGUUCCAGGAACAAGAAAAGACCGAGGAUGACGGGGGGUGGUGGAAAUAAAGUGAAGGUUGAUAGGAAAAUGAAGAAACUUUUUCGUAAACGGGCGCGCGAGUAUAAUUCAGAUGAUGACGACGAUGAGGAGGAGGAGGCUGCGGCUCCGGCGGUGGGAGAUGAGAGUACAGUUUCACUGCGCAGUCCUGAGGAGGAUAGAGAUGAAGAGUUCCCUGAGGAUGAAGGAGGGGAAGGGAAGGAUGUGAAUGCGGAUGCGGAGCUUUCUGAAGACGAUGAAAAUGGUGAAAUUCAACCGGGUAUAACUAAGUUUACGGAAGGCUGUAGAGCAUUCAGAGCUGCUUUCAGGAGUAUUCUCAAGAAAAGCGUAUCCGAUGAAACUCUGGGUCCUAUAUUAUCAGCAAACAAGAAGCUUGUUGCUGAAAAGCUUGCUGAAGAGGAAGCUGAGCGGAAGGUGAAAGGAGAAGCCAAGAAGGAGAAACAACUGGUUGCAGAAAAGGGCCAUGUGAAACCUGCUAACUACUUGGAUUUUCAUGAAAAGUUUCUCAUUGGCGUUGCGACAAAAGGAGUCGUCAAGUUAUUUAAUGCAGUCAACAAGGCACAACAUGCUCAGAAGGGUUUAAAUCCUUCGAGAGCUAAAGAUGCUAAAGCUAUCACAAAGCGCAGGAAAGAAGCUUUCUUUUCUGAGUUAGGCAAGACAACAUUGUCAGCAACAAAUAACUCAAAGGUAAACACAUCAGCUGGUGCAGUGGAUGCUGAAGGGCCUGCGUGGGCUCCAUUACGUGAUAAUUAUAUGCUAACCAAUUCCAAGUUAAAAGACUGGGACAAGAUGCCAGAUACAACAACUUUAUCUGAGGAUGAUGGGAGGAUGUUGGAAAACAGUAGUUCUGAUGACGAGGAUUGAUCGUUGUAGCUUUAGAGUUGCCUAUAGUUUAUAAAACUAUUUUGGCCUGUUCAGUGUUAACUGCAAGAGUACCCAAAACCAUUUCCCUCAUAUGAUGAAUGUGGUGGAAAAUUUACCAUGUAUGCCUCAGCUGUGUUAUUGAGCCAAUUUUUUUGCCUUCUAUUUUUUUUGUGCAAAUUUUAGUCUCUGCCUUUCUGUGAGAUUCAACUGUAUAAAUGUUGUUCGCUUUCACGAGUUUCCGAGCAAACUGGUUGAAGAUGGAAAAUUUUGGCCUUGAUUUGCAUGGAUUACAUGGUUUAAGAGAAAUUUGUCUAGCCUCUUAA